UUCUGAGUAUAUAAUCUCCUCGGUAACGAAUUUAAUCUUCAGACCCAGCGUGUUGGGUCCUUGUGAUCAACUUCAAUCAAGGGUUUUAACAAUAUGACCCAGAGCCACAGCCACCCACUCAAGAGCUUCUACAGUGUCCCACCACUCUCUGCCAUCAUACAUGAAUCGAAAGCUAUAAACUUUGCAGAUGGAUUUUUUUUACCCAGCAGCUGCCACAGUAGGACCUGGCUCCUGGACAACUUUCAAGAAACCUGUUGUGAAACCACCAGCUGCAAAGUACCCAGCUGUGAACAGGGACUGUCCACAGGGGAUAGCUGUGUGCAAACUGCCUGCCUCCCCCGAGUUGUCCAAACGAAUUGUUCUAAUUCCAGUCCCUGUGAAAGGACACCAUGUCAAUCGGGAAGCUCCUCAGCAGUGUCAGAGUGUGUUUCUCAGCCUUGCCAGUCAAGAAGUAGCCAGCAAAUGGGUUUUGUAGUCCAGAGCUGCCAACCUGUAAGUAACAUGGCAAAGUGUUGUCCAGCCAAGACUUAUGUCUCUAAGACUUGCCAAACUGUGGCAUGUGAAUCUAGCCAGUGCCAAUCUCAGAGCCCCGAAUCCAGUUCCUGUAGCUCUCUGGUCUGCGUAGCACAGAGGCCACAACUCCUGGAAUCUUCUUCUAACACUUAUGAGCCAACUUGCUGUGUUACUGGUGGUUUGCAGUUGCCUAGUGAAUGAAGAAUGUGAAAAAUGUGUAGCGAGAAUCAUAUUCUAAUUUGCAUAAACUGAUAUUUGAAAUAUCUAGGAACUUUUGUUUCUCUAAAUACAAAUUAUUUUGCAGGUGUUUGUGAGUGAAUGAACAUGUCUUCACUGUUUCCAAAGAGAAGAAUUUUUCUUUUUCCUUUUUGCUUUUUGGGGGCAUUUCUGGUGGUAAGCUGAAAUAGGAAAGUAUGUUAACUAUUUUAGGUCACUAGGACACUACUUAUUAAAGAGCAAUGAAAGUUGCAACCAGGGACUAGCAUGGCUAUUUUAAAUGUCCACAUCACACUUUGGCUACCACUAAUUAUCAAUGGAAGCACUUAGCAUUGAAUCUGGCUUAUUGUAAAAUGACAUGUUAUUUACAAUAGAUAAAGGUAACGAGCUACUAAUAUCAGAAAUCCGUACAGUGUUGAAGUUUAAA